AGCGUUUCUUCGAGAAUAUUUGUCAUUAUCAACAUUCUUUUUCUUUCAAGAAAAAUCCGCCAUGGAAGCCAAGGAAGCAAGCCAGUAUAGCUCUAUCAUAGUUCCAUCUGUUCAAGAGAUGGUGAAGGAGAAGCUGACAACGACGGUUCCUCUGAGGUAUGUACGGUCUGAUCUUGACAAAGGUGAUAUCGACGGUGAUUUAAGAACCGAGAUCCCAAUCAUAGACAUGAAUCUCUUGUGUUCUUUAACCUCCAUGGAUGCUGAGAUUCACAAGCUCGACUUGGCAUGCAAAGAAUGGGGAUUUUUCCAGCUUGUAAACCAUGGAAUGGAAAUAGGCUUCUUGGACAAAUUGAAGACAGAGAUUCAAGAUUUUUCAAACCUUCCCAUGGAAGAGAAGAAGAAACUGUGGCAACAACCCAAUGACGUCGAAGGGUUUGGACAUGCUUUUGUGGUUUCAGAAGAGCAGAAACUCGAUUGGUCAGACAUGUUCCUCCUUGUAAUGCAACCUGUCCAACUACGCAAGCCUCACUUGUUCCCCAAGUUACCUCUUCCCUUUAGAGAUACACUAGACACGUAUUCUGCUGAAGUGAAAAGCAUAGCCAAGAUCUUAUUAGCGAAAAUGGCGAGCGCCUUGAUGAUCAAACCCGAGGAAAUGGAAAAGUUGUUUGAUGAUGAGUUAAGACAGUCAAUGAGGAUAAAUUACUACCCUACUUGUCCAGAUCCCGACCAGGUUAUUGGUCUACCUCCGCAUUCAGAUUCUACAGGACUCACCAUACUGUUGCAGGUUAAUGAAGUUGAUGGUCUCCAAAUCAAGAAAAAUGGCAAGUGGGUUCCUGUCAAACCUCUCCCAAAUUCUUUCAUUGUCAACGUUGGAGAUGUCUUAGAGAUCAUAACGAACGGGGCAUACCGGAGUGUAGAGCAUCGUGGAGUUGUGAACUCGGAGAAAGAUAGGCUUUCUGUGGCGGCAUUUCACAAUUUGGGAAUGGGUAAAGAAGUUGGUCCUGUGAGAAGUCUCGUGGAAAGGCAAAAGGCUGCGUUUUUCAAAAGUGUGACCAUCGAAGAGUAUUUCAAGGGCUUGUUCUCACGUAAGCUUGAUGGAAAAGCUUACCUUGAUGUUAUGAGAAUCUAAAUAAAACAAUGCAUAAUAAAACCAUUUCCCUGUGGCACAAGAAACUCUGCCUUCUCAGACCGUUCAUGUUGUAUUACGUACACUUUGUUUCUUCUUUUGUUCACGCAUUCAGUAAAUAUGUAAAUCUAUCCCUCUGUAUGAUUCAAAUCUUGUCAGACAAUCGAUUUGUUAGUAAAGAAUGUUUUCGCUU